AUGGCCGCCUUGAUUGUCUUUGAAACUACACAGUAUCCAUCCGCUGAGCCGCGGUUUGCAUUUCUUGCCGCCUGCGUGGGCAGUUUGCCAUGCAUGGCAGAGCGCCUCAUUACUACGCAGAGGGCUGAUAUCGAGCGGCGAGGCGAGCAAUCGCAUGAUGCACCUGAACUGAAGCACAACCCGCGCUACUACGCAUUUGAUCUCGAGAUAACAAGGCAUGCCUGCGGCUAUGGCCAUGGCGAGAAAGCCCAUCUAUCCAUGGUCUACGAAAGGGCGCAGACGUUUUGA